AGAAGAGAAAAAAGUAUAAAUGGGUUGCUAUACUUGUAAUUUUCAAAACUUCGGCCGGAGAAGAAAGAAAUGAGCGGCUUCGCGGUUUCAAAACCGGAGCAGAGUCAUCAUCGUCUCUUCGAUAUCGCAAAGACGGCCAUAAUCAACAUAUUCGCACAUCCUUAUACCACUGUUUGCGAGUUGUACUGUGGCGAAGCUCCUGACACCGACAAGUGGGAAGCUGCUCCGAUUGGUCACUACAUCGGAAUUGACACAUCGUCUUCUGGGAUUUCUUCUGUACGAGAAGCUUGGGAGAGUCAGAGGAAGAAUUACGAUGUGGAGUUCUUUGAAGCUGAUCCUUCCAAGGACGAUCUUGAAACCCAGCUACAGAAGAAAUUGGGGCAGGCUGAUUUAGUUUCCUGUUGGCGCCAUUUGCAGUUAUGCUUUGAAACUGAGGAGAGUGCGAGAAGACUCCUAACUAAUGUAGCAUGUUUACUGAAACCUGGGGGUUAUUUUUUCGGUAUUACUCCUGACUCGUCCACUAUAUGGGCAAAGUACCAGAAAAAUGUUGAAGCAUACCACAACAGGAGCGGUACAAAGCCUAAUAUUUUCCCCAACUACAUUCGGUCUGAAAGUUACGUGAUCACUUUCGAAUUGGAGGAAGAAAAAUUUCCGCUGUUUGGAAAGAAGUACCAGUUGAAAUUUUCUGGUGAAAAUGCUUCUGAAGACCAUUGCUUAGUUCACUUCCCAAGCUUAAUCAGGUUAGCAAGGGAGGCUGGCCUUGAGUAUGUGGAGAUUCAAAGUUUAACAGAUUUUUAUGAUGAUAACAGAGCCCACACUGGAAGUUUGCUGAUGAAUGCUGGCCCGAACUUAGUUGACCCUAGGGGAAAACUUCUUCCACGAGCAUUAGAUUUGUUAGGGCUGUAUGCAACAUUCAUAUUUCAAAAGCCUGACCCAGAUCUUGAACCUCCUCUAACAACCCCUGUACCUUUUGAGGUUUCCAAUAAUCAUGAUGAGAGAGAAUUGCCGGUAAACACUGACACAAGUGCGGAAGAUUCAUCACAAGGACUAGGGAAGAUUAGUGAACAGAAAGGAAUAUUGGGACCAGGCCCUGCUGAUUUACGUUUUUCUGAAGCAAUGUGAUACCCCUUUUUCUUUAUGAACACUAAUGCUUUGGUCAUGAUGUAACAUUAAGUGGUUUUUAAACAACACAGAUCUGGUUUUGCUACAAUAUCAAAUCACAUUAUCUUUACAUAUUUAAAGAAAAACAUUGACUCA